AUGGCUAAAAUAAGAGUGUCCCAUAUAUUGGUGGCUCUCUUUGUGGUGCUCGUUGCCAUGGAAGCCACCUUUGUCUUGGGCCAAGGCAUUAGUGAGAGUACAAACUAUGACGUAUUGCCACCACUAGAAUCCGGACAGGAGCGAUGUCAGUGCAAAGCACUAGGGGCUUGUUUCUACAAGACCCUCGUAUGCCCACUAGAGUGUUGGCAGUGCCCUCAAAGAAAGCCCAAAAACAACAAGAAAGAAAAGGGUUGCUUUGUUAAUUGCGGUAGCAGCUGUGAAGUCACUUGCAAGGUUAGAAGAAACAACUGUGACGGGUAUGGCUCUAUCUGCUAUGACCCUAGGUUUAUUGGAGGUGAUGGUGUCAUGUUCUACUUCCAUGGAGCCAAGGGAGGAAACUUUGCCAUUGUCUCAGACGAUAACCUCCAAAUCAAUGCACACUUCAUUAGAACUCGACCACAAGGAAGGACUCGUGACUUCACAUGGAUUCAGGCCAUCUCAGUGAUGUUUGACACUCACACCCUUGUCAUUGCAGCAAAGAGGGUCUCAAAAUGGGAUGACAAAGCUGAUGCUCUCGUGGUAAAGUGGGAUGGUGAAGCCAUUAACAUCCCGACCAAUGGAGAGGCUGAAUGGAGGACUAGCGAUGAAGAUAGAGAGGUGAUAGUCGAAAGAACCGAUGAUACUAACUAUGUAAGAGUUAUAGUGACCGGGAUCGUGGACAUAGCCAUUAGGGUUAGGCCUAUUGGAGAAAAAGAAGACAGAGUUCAUCACUACCAUAUACCAGGUGAUGAUACUUUUGCUCACUUGGAAACACAAUUCUCAUUCUCCAAUCUGUCUGCUCUUGUGGAGGGAGUUUUGGGAAAGACUUACAGGCCUGGCUAUGUUAGUCCAGUGAAGAGAGGAGUUCCAAUGCCAUUGAUGGGUGGGGAGGACAAGUACAAAACUCCAUCACUCUUCUCACCUCUCUGCAAGGUUUGCAGGUUCCAAACUACUACUCAAUCUGCAGGGCUUGCAAUUACAAGUGGAGGACUAGAUGAUCAAUACUGA